AUGGCUAGCAAGGAGAAGUAUCUGUUUUACCACGGACUUCCCAUACCAAAGACUGCUCAUUCAGCAGAGAGCCUAAAGUACUUAGAGACGUUCCAAGUCCAGGAUGAUGAUAUAUUUUGUGUUACAUACCCCAAGUCUGGUACAACAUGGAUGCAAACAAUCCUUCCCUUGCUGCUGAAUGGAGGAGAUCUUACUCCAGUGGAGAACAUUAUCAGCUGGAAAAGGGUUCCAUGGCUUGAGGCGGCAAACUUCGCCUCGGUUGCGGACAAGCUAAGCUCUCCACGAGCCAUGGUGUCCCAUUUGCCUUAUCACUUGAUGCCUGCCUCGUUCUACUCUUCUAAAGCAAAGGUGAUAUAUGUUGCAAGAAACAUCAAAGAUAGCUUGGUGUCUUCUUUUUAUUUCCAUCAAAUGGCCAAAUUUCUGGAUGAUCCAGGAACGUUUGACGAAUUCAUGGACAAGUUCCUGGCUGGGCAGGUGUUUUGGGGAAAGUGGACAGAUCAUGUGAAGAGCUGGAGAAACACAGAUCUAGGGGACCGGAUUCUGUACAUCACUUAUGAGGAGAUGAUCCAGGAUCUUCGGGAGGUUCUGAAGCACAUUUUGCACUUUCUUGGACGGGAGAUGAGUGAAGAUGCUCUGGAUCGCGUCACUGAUCACUCUCAGUUCAAAAGCAUGAAACAGAACAAAAUGUCCAACUACUCUCUGGUCUCUGAGAAGUUCAUGGACAAAAAUAAAUCAUCUUUUCUCAGAAAAGGGAUUUGUGGAGACUGGAAAAAUCACUUCAGCCCAGAGUUGGAGGCCAAAUUCAACACUGUCAUUCGUAAAGAAAUGGAGGGCAGCGGUAUUACAUUUCUCUGGGAUGAGGAAUAAAAAAAAUAAAUUUCUUUAAAUUUAUUAGAGGUAUUUGUUUCUUCAAUUAGUUAAGCUUGCAUAAGAUGUGAAACAGUUCAGUUCAAGUACUAUUACCAGCCAGCUGAAAUCAGUUAAACCAGGGGUGUCCAAACUUUUUUUGUUGUGGGCAGAAGGAGAAAUAUAUUUGAAGUCACGGGCCACAGACUCUGUAAUAAAACAAAUAAUGAAAUAUACCACUUUAAAUAAUACAUUUUUCCUUUUUACACACCAUUUUACUUGACUUACUAUCUUUAUCUUUGACAGUGUUGUGUAAACUAAGAUUUUUCAAAUUGAUGUUUAAUUUCAUGAUGUCUAUUAAUAUAAAACUCCUUCGUUACGGCAACUUUUAGACUCUUUGGCCCGUUUUUCUGCGCUAGAAAUGCGCACUCUCUCCGCUUUUAGACUCUUUUGCCCCGUUUUUCUGCACUAGAAAUGCACACCCUCUCCGCUUUUAGACUCUUUUGCCCCGUUUUACUGCGCUAGAAAUGCGCACUCUCUCCGCUUUUAGACUCUUUGCCCUGUUUUACUGCGCUAGAAAUGCGCACCCUCUCCGCUUUUAGACUCUUUUGCCCCGUUUUUCUGCACUAGAAAUGCACACUCUCUCCGCUUUUAGACUCUUUUGCCCCGUUUUACUGCGCUAGAAAUGCGCACUCUCUCCGCUUUUAGACUCUUUGCCCUGUUUUACUGCGCUAGAAAUGCGCACCCUCUCCGCUUUUAGACUCUUUUGCCCCGUUUUACUGCACUAGAAAUGCACACUCUCUCCGCUUUUAGACUCUUUUGCCCCGUUUUACUGCGCUAGAAAUGCGCACUCUCUCCGCUUUUAGAC